CAAAGCUCAGGACUUCUCCUCCUCCUGCUGCUCCUCCCGGCUCGGAACUCGGAUUCCAGAUGGCAAAUUCUAUGAAUGGCAGAAAUCCUGGUGGUCGAGGAGGAAACCCCCGGAAAGGUCGGAUUUUGGGUAUUAUCGAUGCUAUUCAGGAUGCAGUUGGACCCCCUAAGCAAGCAGCCGCAGACCGGAGGACUGUGGAGAAAACUUGGAAACUCAUGGACAAAGUGGUGAGACUAUGCCAAAAUCCCAAACUUCAGUUGAAAAACAGUCCACCGUAUAUUCUCGAUAUUUUACCUGAUACAUAUCAGCAUUUGCGGCUGAUCCUCAGUAAAUACGAUGAUAACCAGAAGCUUGCCCAACUCAGUGAGAAUGAAUAUUUUAAAAUCUACAUCGAUAGUCUCAUGAAAAAGUCAAAACGCGCAAUACGACUCUUCAAAGAAGGCAAGGAGAGGAUGUAUGAGGAGCAGUCUCAGGACAGAAGAAAUCUCACCAAACUCUCCCUCAUCUUCAGUCACAUGCUGGCAGAAAUCAAAGCAAUCUUUCCAAAUGGUCAGUUCCAGGGAGAUAACUUUCGUAUCACUAAAGCAGAUGCUGCUGAAUUCUGGAGAAAGUUUUUUGGAGACAAAACUAUUGUCCCAUGGAAAGUGUUCAGGCAAUGCCUUCAUGAGGUCCAUCAAAUUAGCUCCGGCCUAGAAGCUAUGGCUCUAAAAUCAACAAUCGAUUUAACUUGCAACGAUUACAUUUCAGUUUUUGAAUUUGAUAUUUUUACCAGGCUAUUUCAGCCUUGGGGUUCUAUUUUACGGAAUUGGAAUUUCUUAGCCGUAACACAUCCAGGUUACAUGGCAUUUCUCACAUAUGAUGAGGUUAAAGCACGACUACAGAAGCACAGCACCAAACCUGGAAGCUACAUUUUUAGGUUAAGCUGUACUCGAUUGGGGCAGUGGGCCAUUGGCUACGUGACAGGGGAUGGCAACAUUUUACAAACUAUACCUCAUAACAAGCCGUUAUUUCAAGCCCUGAUUGAUGGGGGCAGAGAAGGAUUCUAUCUUUAUCCUGAUGGAAGGAGUUAUAACCCUGAUUUAACUGGCCUAUGCGAACCUACACCCCAUGAUCAUAUAAAAGUUACACAGGAGCAAUAUGAAUUAUAUUGUGAAAUGGGCUCCACUUUUCAGCUCUGUAAGAUUUGUGCAGAGAAUGACAAAGACAUCAAGAUCGAGCCUUGUGGCCAUUUGAUGUGCACCUCUUGCCUUACAGCCUGGCAGGAAUCAGAUGGCCAGGGCUGCCCCUUCUGCCGCUGUGAAAUAAAGGGAACCGAGCCCAUAAUCGUGGAUCCCUUUGACCCAAGAGAUGACGGCUCCAGGUGCUGCAGUAUCAUCGACCCCUUCGGCAUGCCGAUGCUGGAUUUGGAUGAUGAUGAUGACCGAGAGGAGUCCCUGGUGAUGAAUCGACUGGCCAACGUCCGAAAGUGCGCCGACAGGCAGAACUCGCCCGUCACAUCGCCAGCAUCUUCGCCCCUCAGCCAGCGAAGAAAGCCGCAUUCAGAUCCGCUUCAGAUCCCACAUCUCAUCCUGCCCCCAGUGCCUCCCCGCCUGGACCUCAUUCAGAAAGGCCUGGUGCGGUCUCCCUGUGGCAGCCCGACUGGUUCCCCAAAGUCGUCGCCUUGUAUGGUGAGGAAACAAGACAAGCCACUCCCAGCACCACCACCCCCUUUAAGAGACCCUCCCCCGCCUCCUCCCGAAAGACCUCCGCCCAUCCCUCCUGAAAACAGACUGAGUCGACACUUCCAUCCUGCGGAAAGCGUGCCUUCCAGAGACCAGCCCAUGCCCCUUGAAGCCUGGUGUCCUCGAGACGUGUUUGGGGCUGAUCAGUGGGUGGGUUGUCGACUGCUGGAGGAUGGCGCUCCCAAGCCUGGAAUGACAGCGAGCUCAACUGUAAAUGACAGACAUGGCAGAGUGGGCCCUGAUCAAGUGCUUAUGCGGAAACACCGACGCCAUGAUUUGUCUUUAGAAGAAGCCAAGGUUUUUUCCAAUGGUCACCUGGGAAGUGAAGAAUAUGAUGUCCCUCCCCGGCUUUCUCCACCCCUGCCAGCUGCUGCCCUGCUCCCCAGCAUAAAAUGUCUUGGGCCGUUAGCAAAUGCCCUUUCAGAGAAAACCAGAGAACUAGUAGAGGAAGAUGAUGAUGAAUACAAGGUUCCUUCAUCCCAUCCUGUUUCCCUGAACUCACAACCGCCUCAUUGUCAUAAUGUAAAGCCUCCUGUGAGGUCUUGUGAUAAUGGUCAUUGUAUCUUGAACGGAACACACGGUACCUCCUCAGAGAUGAAGAAAUCCACCAUCCCUGAAUUAGGCAUAUAUUUAAAGAGAGGUGUUUGUGAUUCAGCCUCUGAUCCAGUGCCUUUGCCACCUGCCAGGCCUGCAACUCGGGACAAUCCAAAGCAUGGUUCUUCAUUCAACAGGACGCCCUCUGAUUAUGACCUUCUCACCCCUUCACUAGGUGAAGAUGCUUUUGAUGCCAUCCCUCCGUCUCUCCCACCUCCCCCGCCGCCUGCAAGGCACAGUCUCUUUGAACAGUCAAAGCCUUCUGGCUCCAGUAGCCGACCCUCCUCAGGACAAGACCUUUUCCUCCUCCCUGCAGAUCCCUUUUUUGAUCCAGCAAGUGGCCAAGUGCCUCUGCCCCCUGCUAGGAGACUGCCAGGUGAAGAUGUCAAGUCCAAGCGCACAUCCCAGGACUACGGUCCGCUUCCUUCCGGUUCGGAUGGUUCACAAGCACCAGCGAGACCCCCUAAACCACGACCCCGUAGGACUGCACCGGAAAUUCACCACAGAAAACCCCAUGGGUCGGAGGCAGCAAUGGAAAAUGUAGAUGCAAAAAUUGCAAAACUCAUGGGAGAGGGUUAUGCCUUUGAAGAAGUAAAGAGAGCCUUAGAGAUCGCCCAGAAUAACGUCGAAGUGGCCCGCAGCAUCCUCCGAGAAUUUGCCUUCCCUCCUCCCGUCUCUCCGCGUCUCAAUCUAUAGCAGCCGAGAUGGUCAUGCGUCAGAGCGGCAAGCAGUGGGUGACCAGUCCCGCAGUGUGGGAUGGAGAGCAGUGGGCGUUGUGAUUCCCACUCACCUGGCAUCUUGAGAAGAGAGUGUGGUUCCUCGGACGAAGACGGCUGCUUGCUCAGGAUGUCUAUACUUGCAGCUUCCUUAUUUUUGCUAGCCAUAUUUUAAAUCAGGGUUGAACUGAUGAAAAUAAUUUAAAGACGUUUACUCCCCUUGAACUUUGAAUCUGUGAAAUGCUUUUCCUUGUUUACAUGUUGGUGAAGUUGCAGUUUGCUUCUGUUUUUGUUUGGCUUUUGAAUACCUGUACUGUGCUCCUGACAGGCCCUGUGAGUGGUCAGGUCUGCUGUACAAUUACCCCCAGGUCCCUUGCUGUCCAUCGCAACAGCUAAAUCAGGCAUUCCUUUGGAUCUCACCUUUCCACCCCACACCCCAGAGGUCCAAUUCCAUUUCUGCUAUUUACGGAUGCUUCAGACGUUCUGAUUUUCAAUGAUCAAACUAAUGCAAAAACAAAAAAUAUAUGUGGCCUUCACUACUGAGUCUUUUCUUUAGAAACCAUUGCUGUUAAGAGAUGAAGAAAAUCUGAAUGUACAAAGCAUUAUUUUUGUUCAACAAGCUACCUUUCAGAGGGCUUUCCACAGUAAUAUAGAGAGCACAUCCCUUGAUUUUGGUAUAAGUUUUGUUACUUUUAAUUCUCCAUAUUCUCAUCUCUACCAUCCUAAGGGAUCACAACUCUGUAAAAAUCUAAUGGAUUAGAAAGCAACUACUGUAUAUAUGGAGAGAUAACAUUUGCAUAUGCCAGUGCUAUACGGAAGUUAUGUAAUGAGUUCACCUGCUAUCUACACCUGCAUAACUUUGAGGCAUGCUGAAUAAGAGGGCUGUCUCCUUAAUGUAUAUUAAUAAUUAAAAGAUUUAAUUAUGGUCAGACAUUUCCCAAAGUGGAACAGAGUCCAUUUUCUAUUGGAGUGACUGUAUUCUGGUUCCUGACAGCUGCAGGAGCCAGGCCACAUUGCAGUGGGCACGUUAACCCUUUGAUGCGCUGUGAAGUGCUAAUGCUGCUGUGGCAAUGCUUUUAUGCAGAGGUCUUUGAGAUUUUCUCUCCGCAGUCAAAUUAUACUUCAUGUCUAAUUUCUAUAUUCUCUCCUUCGUUGUUCUCAUUCAGUCUUGUGGGGAAAAUGAAUAUGGUUCUGCUGUUUCUCGCAAAAUGGUGGUUGGUUCUUCCGAAACCAUGUUAUCACUUUGCAUCAAUACUCACAUCUUCGUUGAGUCUCUAUGACGUGCUCAGCUCCGGUAGGUGUGUUCCAAAGCACAAACCCUCACAAGCAGACUCCAUUGGCCUGCUGUGCUUUUCUGUACGUGCCAGUUUGGUGGCCAGCGGCCAAAGGAGAAAGCCUGGGGGGGUUCAGGUAGCGCUCCUAGACUCUCAGGCAACUUGCUGUUUUCUUCUUUCCUGAGGAGAAGUUAGUGGGAAAAGGAGACCGAAUCAUUUACCUUUAAAACGCGUGAACCCAUAGAUUUUCUAAAUAUGGACGCAUCUGUGCAUGUUUCUGCCACUUUACACAGAGUCUGAUAUAAAAAGAUACAGCCUCGCCCCUCGGCAGGACUUGAAAGGACAUGACCAGAGAAAUGGAUGCCCUGCAAACCCCGUGUAGACACGCCACUCUGACCUGGGAGGACCGGCCACGGUUCCUUCACAGAGUGGCAUGUGCCCUUUGCAAAACGUCGCUUUCGUGGUGUGAUGCUUGAGGAGUCACGGGCCUUCGUAUAGUUUGUGCUCUUAUCUGAAUGCCUUCAGGUGAUUCUGAGCGUAUGCUGUCCCUAGGGGGGAUUUUGGUUUUUUUGCCCUAGAUAUUUUUCCUAUGAGUAGGUGUAUAAAUGAAGAUUUUUAGACUUAAAAAAUUCCUUUGACUGAUUUUUUGUUUUUAUAUGAACCCCAUGUUCCGUAUCCUGAUAUAUAUAUAUAUUUAACUUGUUUUCUCAGUCUAUGUAAUCCCAUUGGAAUAGCCCUGUGGACUUUAGUCUUUGAAUGUCUUGCUGGUCCACAGGCAUACUCUAAAAGCCAAAAGUCGCCCACUUCAUUGUGCUGGCAUGAUGAUGCUACAAUUGACAAGGAGAGGCUGCUAAUUAGGAAUAUUGAAAAAGCAGCAGUAAAAUCUCAUCCAAAAAAUUCAGAUAAUAUGUGGAAAUUUUUGUUAAAAACUAAAAAAGAUUGGUGAAGAUAUAGUGAAUGUGAACCUGAAGUUUUCUGUUUUGUUUUUUAAUUCAUUUAAAACAAUUUUUCUACUAACUUCCAUCAAACUCUCUGAAUCCUGUACUUAAGUAGCAACCUCUAAUUUUGUCACUAGAAAUGAGUGCAUCAAAACAUGCAGGUCAUGGAAAGAGGAAAGCUUUCUAGCAAGCACACUCACGCAUAAUCCAUCAGCUGCAGUGGCACUCCGCCCCACACAACGCACGGCCCGGACCUGACGGGACAGCCCCGCCACAUCCAGAGUAACGUGUUGAGGAAUGACCUAGCCCUUGUGUCAUGUGCCCCAAGACGUCAAACAUUCCUCUUAUCUCUCAACACUCACUAAUAUGAUUAUUUUGUGAAUCAGCCCUCCAUAUAAUUAAAUCAUGGCUAACACAAAACAGCCUUCUCCCCUGUCCCCGACCCCAACCAAAACAUAUUUGGAGACAGAAGGAUUUAUUCUAAAUGCUAUUCGUGUAAGUUGAUCUUCAGAACCUGUUUCUGUUUUUCUUUCAUGUCUGAUAUAUUCCGACCAAAAAUCAAACUCAAUCAGGCAGUAUUAGUGUUGAACUUGAGCUUCCUUCUAUGUAAGACGACCCCUUAGCUCUUCCUUUUCCUGUCUUUUUACCCACAGUGCAAAUAGUCAUAUUAAUAGAGCCCUAAUUGCAACUUCAAAAGGUCCAUGUGUUCAUUCAGUAUUUCACAUACCAACAACACUUGCAAAGAUUUCUUUAUAAUGUGAAUUUUUUGUUCACUUCCAGAAGCAUUUCCUACAGUUUCAACAUUAUUUCUCUCCCAGAUUUUCAACUUGAAGCUUUAAUUUGCACUGACUCAUCUAACCUGAUUAAAAUUUUAAUUUCUCAAACUGACAGAUUUGGAAGCAAAGUACAGUAUAGUAUGUUUUAACAGUACAGGUACUGCCUGUUGAUCUUGAAUUUUAGUGCUGAGAAAAGUUUCCAUAAAAAAUCGAUUGAGUGAAGGGUUACUAUUUUUCCCAGUUACUAUUUUAUUGUUUUAAAAAAUGCCUUUAAAAAAGUGUUUAAUGUGGCAGAUAGUUAUGUGUUCAAUUAAUUUAUAUUUUAUUCAUUCUUUUUCAAUUCUGGUUAUUAUGUAACAUCAAGUACUUUAUUCUUUUAAGGUAUUUUAUAAAAUUAAUGUUAACAAAA